AUGUCGUCCUCUCCCGGCACCCCGAGCACUGGAGGGGACAGCAAGCGAGAACCUCAAACGGUGUACGAAACGGUCCCGUCGGAUGACUGCGAAGAGACAGGACGGAGAAGCGCGCUCUCCAAGUCCCGCCUGUCGUCGCGUUCCAUGUCUACCGUCGAUAUGUUGCGCCACGUUCGCCGCGUCGGGACGUGGGCCAUUCCUGUCAUGAUGUUCGGCACAUUCAUAGCUGCUAUUGCCGUGACCGUCGUGCACCACAUCUUUCUGUCCACUCUCAACGGGAAGAGGGUUGAAGACUACGCGCUCUCACAGUCAUUGGUUCGCGAUAUCGGGAACGCGCUAUCGCACAUCGUGCAGAUCUUACUCGAAACUUCAGUCGGGGCCGCAUUGACUCAAAGUAUCUGGUUCUUCGUUAGGCGACACACGGUCAGGCUAUCCGAACUCGAUAGCCUGUUCUCCCUCCCCUCCAUCUUCAGCAUCGCGUCGGUUCCCGCCGCAUUCGGGACCGUCUACGUGCUCAUGAUCGUCAUCUGCAUCCAAGCCUUCUCCUUCAUCACGAUUCUCGCACCCAGCGCGCUGUCCGUCACCCCGUCCGGGCCCACGCAGGGCACGAUGCGUGUUCCGGUGCCACGUCUGGACGAGGUCCCCUUGACAGACAGUAUAACGCCCGUGGUGAACUGCCACACAACCUCGGAUCCCGGCGACCCCAGCCAGUGCACCGAUUACGAUCUCAUUUACACGUCCGCUUCUCCCGCCUUCAGAAGGAUGGUGCAGAACGUGCUGGGUAAUCUUGAGAUCCCAUCCUGGAGUCGGCCCGACGAAUGCGGGCUGGCCUGCAACUACACGAUCACGUAUAACGGCCCGGCAUUGCGAUGCACAGACAUUCCCGCGUCGACCAUCGCUUCUGGAGUGGCCAACUUUCCGGAGGGAGGCGCCAGACCGGAUCCGCCUUAUGGCAAUGUCUCGAACCCGGAAGGAACCCUCUUACAAGGCUACGCAUUCAAUGCUUCGUGCUCGUCGACUUUGGGAUCUUUAUAUGCGGCGGACUGUGGUAUCGGAUCCACCACGAACGUCGAUUGCUAUCCUCCCUAUUACCUCUCUUUGCCCAGUUGGCAGGAUACCGAUCCCUACACGCUCUCGAUCGUCUAUACAGCCGAUGCGCUGAACCCCCACUCUGCUACCCACCCCGCGACAGGCGCAUCCUGCGUCUUUACGAGCGCAACGUACCAGGCCUCUAUCUCGUAUACGCACGACAGUCAGACCCGGACUGCCAGAGUCGUCGAUCACGGCGAGCCAUACUCAUCACUCGUUCGAGCCAACAUCACCACCGGCAAUCUCACGGCCAUGGGCCCCGAUGUACAGUCUGCUUAUGCCGCACUGGGGAUCAUGGACGCUAUAGCCCAUUCUCUCGUCGGGACCGUGCUCGUCGGUAACAUCGGCACCCUCUUACCCUCCGCCACGGGCGUUCUCGAUUCCAACCUUUUCCAGGUGCGAUCGGAGAAUAACGUCACGGUAGACGAACCGUACAGCACCUCCUACCUUUCUUUGAACGCGGGCUACAACAACCUGAGCCAAGCGCUGGAAGACCUGUGUACGAACGUCACGGCCUCUUUGAUGUCCGACACGACCGAUCUCGGAAUUUACACGACGGUAUCGGGCACCGUGCUACCAGACCAGAACGUUUACUCCUACCAACUCCUCCGCUUAUGGCUAGUGUACGGCGUCGCCGUACUGGCAGCACUCCUUGCCGAUAUGUUCGGGCUCGCAUGCAUACGCUCAAACGGUGGCGCGAUGCUACGAACGUUCUCAACGAUCGCCGCAUCUGCGCGCGACACCGAGCUCGACGAGCUUCUCAACGGGCCCGAUGAAGCUCUGCCUCCUGCCGCACAAGAUGCCAAGCUGCGGUAUCACAGCAACGUGGUUGUCAACGAGGGGAGAGCGGGCUUCAAAGUCUUGCAAGGGCGCGGUGGUGGUGUCGAGCGGGCCAUGACCGAGUUGAGGACGGUCACGCGCACGCCGGAGUUCACCCCUUGA